UUGGGCGAAAACGGGGAGGGGCUCCCAUCUCGAAUUGAAUAGUAAUCUGCACCACUCGGUCAUUUUGUCAACAAGGCAUCGUCCACAAACAUAAAAAUCUUAUCCAUAAAAUGUUAGAAUUUUCUAACUAGUUUUCAUUGGGAUGACAUGCACAUAACGCAUUUUUAUCAAAAACAAUCUAUUUUUCAUGAGUAAACACAGAAUCCUAGUUAUUAGCUACUAUACGUGCUUAAUUAGGCCUACGUCAAUUUUGUUUUGAGCCGAUUUCGCCCUGGCCUUUAAACGGGGCACCUGGUUCACGCCCGGGAGGCAGCCCGUUUCCAAAUCAAAUGCAAUAAACUUUCAGCCGAAGCGAAACACGCCUACACGGGCGCCCGGACGGGAUGAAUCGAACCCCUCAAUGUUCCGGCAUAGCGGACACGUCUGGGAUUUCCGAGAUUACCCACGACCCAACCCAAACAGGAAGUGUAAACACUUCUCACGUAACAGCAGCGCAUGUGAUAGCCCUUCUCUUCGACUCCUCGGCAUUCACCACUUGGGACUCUGAUACUGUUUUGCUCAGUUGGUUGGUGUGUGCACCAGGAUAGUCGAGGCCAUGGACUCGAUCAGUUGUUCGAUCUGCCUGGAUCUACUGAAGGAUCCAGUGACUAUUCCCUGUGGACACAGCUACUGUAAAGGCUGUAUCAAGGGAUAUUGGAGUCUUGAUGACCAAAAGGGAAUUCACAGCUGCCCCCAGUGCCGACAAACCUUCACCCCAAGACCUGCUCUGAACAGAAACAUUCUGCUGGCUGAGUUGGUAGAGAAAUUGAAGACAGAUUUCAAAACGGUUCCCUCUGCUUCUUGUUUCUUUGGACCUGAAGAUGUGAAGUAUGAUCGUGAUGACUCAGCCGCAGCAGCAGAGAGGAAGGAGAAACAGGGGCAGCUGAGGGAGAAACGGCAGCAAGUCGGGCUGACAAUCUGUGUGAGAGAGAAGGAGAUGCAGGACAUAAGACAGGCGUUGAUGUCCCUUUCACUUUCAGCACAUGCAGCAGUGGAGCACUGUGAGCUGGUCUUUGCUGAGCUGAUCCGCUCCAUUGAGAGAAGGCGCUGGGAGGUGAAGGAGCUGAUCAGCGCCCACCAGAGGGCGUCAGUAAGCCAGACUGAAGGACUCCUGGUGCGAAUGGAGCAGGAGAUAGCUGAGCUGAAGAGGAGAGACAAGGAGCUGGAGCAGCUCGCACAAACAGAGGAUAACAUUAAUUUCCUCAAGACAUUCCAGUCUCUUUGUGUGGCUCCUGGAUCUGAGCUCUUACCCUAUAUCACUGCCAACCAACACUUCUCCUUUGAGGAAGUGAAGAGCUCCAUCUCUGGAAUGAUGGAGCGACUGGAGGAUGUAUUGAAGGAGGAAAUGGUCCAGAUACCUGGAAAAGUAACGGCUGUCUCCGAAGUCUAUGUCCUCAGCCCAAGACCAGAAUUAAUGGCUGCUGCUGAAGUACAUUUUCAUCAUGAGCCCAAGACCAGAGUGGAGUUCUUGGAGAACUACUGCCAUCUCACGUUGGAUCCCAACUCGGCAUAUCAACACCUGCGUCUGUCUGAGUGCAAUAGAGAAGUGUCAUGGAGUGACAAGGCUCUGUCUUAUUCUGACCAUCCAGACAGAUUCACAGACCACUACCAGGUGUUGUGUAAAGAGGAUCUGUCUGGAACCCACUACUGUGAGGUGGAUAGGAGGGGGGAAUGUGAGGUAGCCAUCACAUACAGAAGCAUCAGCAGGAAAGGCGGAUUGGAAUGUUGCUUUGGUUCCAAUGAUCAGUCCUGGAGUUUGGUGUGUCGCAACUCGAGUUGUUCCUAUUGGCACAAUAAGAAUAGGACUGAUAUCCCUGUCCCCUGCUCCACCAGAGUAGGAGUGUAUCUGGACAGCAAGGCAGGGACUCUGGCCUUCUACAGCAUCUCGGAUACAAUGACCCUCCUCCACAGAGUCCAGACCACAUUCACUGAGGACCUCUGUGCUGGGUUUUGGGUUGGUCCUGGUUGUGGAUCAUCUGUGGCUCUGUGUUGACUGAACGUCAUAGAAUCAAGUGUAUUUCAAAUCAAAUUGUAUUUCUCAAAUGCGCCGAAUACAACAGGUGUAGGCUUUACUGUGCUUACUUACGAGCCCUUUCCCAACAAUACCUAGUUAAAAAGUAGGGAAAAAAUUUAAGGAAACAGUAAGACAAUAAAAUGACGAGGUUAUAUACAAGGAGUACCUGUAGCCUAGUAGUUAGUGUUGGACUAGUAACCGAAAGGUUGCAAGAUCGAAUCCCCGAGCUGACAAGGUACAAAUCUGUCGUUCUGCCCCUGAACAAGGCAGUUAACCCACUGUUCCUAGGCCGUCAUUGAAAAUAAGAAUUUGUUCUUAACUGACUUGCCUAGUUAAAUAAAGGUAAAAUAAAUUUAAAAACUGCCUCAAUGUGCAGGGGUAUGAGGUAAUAUGUAUAUGUAGGGAAGGGUAAAAGUGACUAGGCAAUCAGGAUAGAUAAUAAACAGAGUAGCAGCAGUGUAUGCAAAGAGUGAAAGUGUGUCUGUGUGAGUGUGUGGCAUCAAUAUGCGUGUGUGUGUUGGAGUGUCAGUGUAGUAUGUGUGAGUGUGUGGGUAGAGUCCAGUGAGUCCAGUGAGAGCCAGUGCGCUAUGCACAAGGGGGUCAAUGAAAAUAGUCCGGGUAGCCAUUUGAUUAAUUGUUCAGCAGUCUUAUGGCUUCGGGGUAGAAGCUGUUCAGGUGCCCUUUGGUCCCAGACUUGGCACUCCUGUACCUCUUGUUGUGUGGUAGCAGAGAGAACAGUCUAUGACAUGGGUGGCUGGAGUCUUUGAAAAUGUUUAGGGAAUUCCUCUGACACCGCCUGGUAUAGAAAUCCUGGAUGGCAGGGAGCUCGGCCCGAGUGACAAUGAGGAAGGAAAUAUAAGACCAAUCACUUGGGAAAGUUGGAGGAAGUUGAUUUGCUUAAGAUCGUGACCUGGAUGAAGGGAGUUGACCCUUCAUUUAGGAGUCCCGCUGCGAAGCCGCUCUUUAUCUACAAUGUUUGAUUCCAGCUUUACUAACGGGGAGAGGUGGGGCCAUUGUUUUAAAGAUUACAAUAAAUAAAAUAAAUCAUU